AUGAUGUUAGAUUUAGAUAAUCAAGCACAAUCUAUUCUAACUUGUUUUGACAAGGAAAAGGAGGAAACUAAAAGCAAAUAUCGAGUUCGCUUGAAUGCUUCGAUUGAUGUUGCAAGGUUUCUUUUAAAAGAAGGAAUGCCUUUUCGAGGCCAUGAUGAAAGUGAAACUUCCGCAAGAAGAGGAAACUUUUUAGAUCUCUUAAAGUGGUAUGCCGCUAAGAAUGAAGAUGUGAAACAAGUUGUGUUAGAAAAUGCUCAACAAAAUGACAUCAUGAUUUGUCCAAGUAUCCAAAAAGACAUUGUGAGUUCUUGUGCAAAAGAAAUAGUGAGAGCAAUUGUUGAAGACUUAAAUGGGGAUUACUUUGGGAUAUUAGUUGAUGAGUCUAAGGAUGUCUCUCAUAAAGAACAAAUGGCUCUUGUUUUGCGGUAUGUCAACAAAGAGGGUAAACUAAUUGAGCGAUUCCUUAGUGUUGUUCAUGUUAAAGAUACAUCUGCACGAUCGUUGAAAGACGCAAUAUAUUCUUUACUUCUAGAACAUAAUUUGAGUUCAUCUCAAAUUCGGGGACAGGGUUAUGAUGGAGCUAGUAACAUGCAGGGAGAAAUCAAUGGUCUUAAAACUUUGAUUAUGAAAGAUUCUCCUUCGGCAUAUUGCACACAUUGCUUUGCUCAUCAAUUACAAUUAACUCUUGUAGCCGUUGUAAAGAAGCAUCAUGAGCGUAGGGAGAUGCUUAGAGAUGAUCAAGCAGAAAAAUUAAAGGAACUACGAGUGCUCGGUGAUGUUCAUACAGAAAGUGGAUUGAAUCAAGAACUUGGACUUCAAAGGGCAGGGAAUACACAUUGGAGUUCUCAUUUUAAGACAAAGUGCGAGGGUUCAAAUUAUCAAGAGAGAUCACUAGCAAAAAGUUUAGUAGAUGACAUAAGAUCUUAUGAGUUUGUGUAUACAUUGCAUUUGAUGUUGAAAGUGUUGGCAAUUACACAUGAUUUGAAUAUGGCCUUGCAAAGAAAAGAUCAAGAUAUCGUAAGUGCGAUGAACCAUGUUGGUUUCACAAAGAGACAAUUGCAAUCUAUGAGAGAGUCUAAAUGGGAUUCUUUGGUAAAAGAUGUCUCUUCAUUUUGUGUCAAGCAUGAUAUUGUGAUCCCCGAAAUGGAUAAGAAUUAUGCUCUUGGAAAAUCAAAGCAUAAGAUCUCAAGUGUCAAAUAUUCUCAUCAUUUGCGUGUAGAAGUUUUUAAUAUUGUCAUUGAUUUGCAACUUGCAGAGCUUAACAAUCGUUUUGAUGAAGUGAAUACUGAUCUACUUCUUGGUAUGGCUAGUUUGAGUCCAGAUAAUUCUUUUGCAAAUUAUGAUAAAGAGAUGAUUAUGAAACUUGCUACACAUUAUCGGGAUGAGUUUAGUGUUUCCAUGCUUGAGGAUCUUAGUUUUGAGCUUGACAACUAUAUUGAUUAUGUGCGAGAAUUAAGCUUAAUAUUACCUGUCCCUGCUGCAACGGUGGAAAGAGCUUUUUCUUCGAUGAAGUAUAUUAAAAAUGACUUGCGUAGCAGAAUUGGUGAUGAAUUUUUGAAUGAUUGCUUAGUUUGUUACAUCGAGAAUGAGAUAUUUGAAAGUGUACCUAAUGAAGCAAUCAUUGAUCGUUUUCAGAAGAUGGCUGUUCGUCGAGUACAAUUGACAAAGGCAUUCUCCUCACAACAUACGACAUUGGUUACUUCUCUCAUUUCUUUUUCCGGAAUGCUGUGA